AUGACGUUGCAUGUGCGUCUUAGCUCCAUAUCUUGUUUCUUUGGUUGUGUCUUUGCUUUGAGCUUUUUGGUUACUACUCUUGUUUCUCUACCUUAUCGUCGCCUUGACCAAGUCGAGAGCCUUCUGGCUUUCAAAAAUGAGUUCCUUCCGUCAUGCAACAAUUCAGUUACAGACUCUUGGACCCGUGACGCUAUCUCCUUUGAUGGGGUUUUGUUUGAUGAAGACACCGGUGGUGUCACGGAGCUAAAACUUCGUGGAGCAUGUCUCAGCGGAACACUCGAUGCUAAUAGUAGCCUCUUCAGAUUACACGAGAUCAGGUAUCUGGAUCUUUCUUUCAACGACUUUUCCUCUUUGUUACCCGCAGAGUUUGGGCGACUCACCGACUUAGAGUACUUGGAUCUUCACCAUAAUGGCUUUACUGGAGAGCUUCCUUCCUCAUUCAGCAACCCAGGCCUUGCAAACACCACCAUAUUAACCAAGCUUUAUUUUCUAGACCUUUCUAACAAUAGUCUCCAAGGAAAAGUGCCUGAAUGGUUAUGGAAUCUUCCUUCGUUGACCGCGCUUAGUCUCUCUCACAACUCCCUUGAUAGUUUCGAAGGUUCUCCAGAAUCGCUCCAUAGCUCUUCAGUACUAGUCCACCUGUUUUUGAAUUCAAACGCCUUUCGAGGAUUUUUUCCCAACAUUCCACCAACCGUCAAGUACAUACUUGCAUCAGACAACAAUUUCACAGGAGAGAUGCCUCUUUCCUUGUGCAAUUCAAGGAACCUAUUAUUUCUUGAUCUGUCGAACAACAGAUUACGUGGUUCGGUUCCAAGUUGCUUGAGUGAAUCACUAGCAGUGUUGAAUCUCCAUCACAACAGCCUCAGAAGCCUUCCCGAAACAUUCUCCAACAGCUCACUCAAAAUGCUUAACGUUGGCCACAAUCAAAUAAGUGGGAAGCUUCCAAGGUCUCUUGUACAUUGCAAAAGCCUAGAGUAUGUAACUGUGGAGAGUAAUCACAUCAAUGACACGUUUCCUUUCUGGUUGGAGUCUUUGCCAAAUCUGCAAGCACUUAUCCUACGAUCAAACAGAUUCCACGGUCCUAUAUCUUCUCCUCAGCAUCCUCUACCAUUUUCAAAACUGAUGAUAAUUGACAUAUCUCGUAACAUGUUUGACGGAAGCCUGCCACCAAAUUACUUUUUGAAUUGGAGUGCAGCCAUCAGUAGUACGCUUGAAGAAUAUAGUGGCCACCGAUUGAAAUCCAUCGGAGAUUCUUACUCGCUUGGGUUUCAUCCUUCCAUGUCUAUAAACAUGAAAGGAAUAAACAUAGAGAUGAGGAUCCCUUACAUUUUUGCAAUCGUUGAUUUCUCUGGAAACAGAUUUGAAGGACAUAUUCCAGAAUCGAUUGGUCUUUUGAAUUGGCGGCAGGUUGCACUCAACUUAGCCAACAACAGUUUCACCGGUCAUAUUCCAGAUUCCAUAGGUCAGUGGAAGUCGCUGAUUGCGAUCAACUUAGCCAACAACGGAUUCACCGGUCAUAUUCCAUCGCCUUUGGCCAACCUCACAUAUCUCGAGUCACUGGAUAUAUCCCGUAACCAACUUUCUGGGACAAUUCCACAAGAGUUAGCAAGUAUCUCGUUCUUGGUGUAUAUUAAUGUAUCACAUAACAAACUCACUGGCCAAAUACCACAGGGUACACAGAUUACAGGCCAACCUGAGUCUGCAUUUAAAGGGAAUGGUCUAUGUGGCCUUCCUCUUCCAAAGAGUUGCUUCAGGGAAAAUGUAUCAGCAACAAUGCAGAAGCAACCAUCUCAUGCUUCUAAAGCAAUGCAUAACUUCAAUUCCCGUGACACCUUGCUGCUAUUCUCGUUCCUCAUAGUCUUUCAUUUUGUUCUCUCUUUCUCUAUUCCACUUUCUAAAAGUUUGUAG